AUGGCUGCUUGUGGGCACCUCAACCUGGCAGAGAAUGGAGGCUAUCUUAAACCUGUCACCUUCUGCUUGCACCUUCCUCACAUAACUGGUGAGAAAACAUUUAAGGUGUGCCUGAAGAGACCAGCAGGCAAUUCCAACUACCUAGAAAUUACUUUCUUGGAGCUCAAGGUAAGAGGUAGACCUCUCCAUAGAAAAGUUCAUCUAACACAGCUGUUGGAGAAGGCUGAAGUGAUUUCAGGACGUAUGCUUAAAUUUUCAGUUUUUUAUCGUAACCAGCACAAAGAAUAUUUUGACUAUAUUCGAGAACAUCAUGGGAGCGCCAUGCAGCCCUCUGUCAAAGAUAACAGUGGCAGCCAUGGCUCUCCUAUUAGUGGAAAACUAGAAGGCAUCUUCUUCAGCUGCAGCACUGAAUUCAAUACUGGGAAGCCACCCCAGGAUUCACCUUAUGGAAGAUACAGGUUUGAAAUUGCAGCAGAAAAACUUUUUAACCCCAAUACUAACUUAUACUUUGGGGACUUCUACUGUAUGUACACUGCUUAUCAUUAUGUGAUUCUUGUUAUUGCCCCUGUGGGAUCACCAGGAGAUGAAUUUUGUAAGCAGCGUCUUCCUCAGCUCAAUUCCAAGGAUAGUAAGUUUUUGACCUGUACAGAAGAAGAUGGGUUGCUGGUCUACCACCAUGCCCAGGAUGUCAUUUUAGAAGUCAUUUACACUGACCCUGUGGAUCUUUCUCUGGGAACCGUAGCAGAAAUCACUGGUCAUCAGCUCAUGAGUUUGUCUACUGCAAAUGCCAAGAAAGAUCCCAGCUGCAAAACCUGUAACAUCAGUGUUGGACGUUAAUGCCCCCUUUUCUUAUUCUUACUCAGCCCUUUUUCUUCCCUUAGGAGAGUCAAUCUACUCUUGUCCAUUUUCAUUACCAGAUGUUUCCACUGAAGCAUGCACAUGCCGCUAUCACCAAAUGCCAACUAUCACUUUCCAAAUUUCAUUCAGAACCAUUUUAGUGUUUCCUAUUUCCCACCCUUCCCACCACUUUCAAUGAUGAAAUAGCCUAAGUUCUCCUUCUGACACUUUAUUUGCCUAG